AUCCAAGUCUGUUAGUACUCCAAAGAGUGAUGUAAACAUUACAUGUACCUCACACCGCAACCCCCUCAGGGGAAAGCUCAACCCGUCAAACGCUUCAGCGUCACCCGACUCGCAGAGCGUCGUUCCAAUGUCUUCAACCGCCGCAUUCCUGCGUCGCUCAGUACGAGUCUGUCCUCCCUAGGGCGGGUCGGCUCUGUAGGGGUGUUGGGCGGGACAUGCAGUACCGGACUGGGGGUUGGAUCUUGUAGGGCAAGAGGGUGAGCAGGUGAUGCGAGAGUUGGGCUUUCUGCGCAUGAGGAGGAUGCGGGUGCUGGUGCUGAUGGUACUGGGACCGGUGUUGGCGCUGACGGCGUCGAAUCCACUGCCGCUGGUGCGGGUAUUGCCAGAUCCAGAGCUACAGGUGCCGAUACCGCUACAGCAGUCGCACUCGCACUCCCAGUCAGAGGAGCAAACUCCAGCAAGCCGAACGCCCCCACAAGCUGCUGACUCGUCCUCCUAUUCACCAUCUGGCUAAACCUCCUCCCUACUGUGGCCCGUUCUCCUAGGGGCAUAAAUCCCGCCGACCGGGCUCGGUUGUGCCCCUGUGUGCGGGGGAGGGUAGCGGAGGAGGUACGACUGUGCGUGAGGAGGGAAAGGCGGCGGCUUGCGCGUUUCGUCCGGCUUGCUGAGGGGCCCGCAGCAGAAGGUGUCCUAGAAUGAGAGGGGACGAACACCAGUGCGCGCUCCCAUGUCU